AUGGACUUGGGAGUUUUGUUGCUAGAGAAGAUGGAACAUGAUGACAUUUGUAAUAAAACUCUGAAGAUUACAGACUUUGGUCUGGCUAGAGAGUGGCACAGAACAACCAAAAUGAGUGCAGCAGGGACUUACGCGUGGAUGGCUCCAGAAGUUAUCAAGUCCUCCAUGUUUUCUAAAGGAAGUGAUAUUUGGAGUUACGGAGUGCUGCUGUGGGAACUGCUUACAGGAGAAGUUCCUUACCGUGGCAUUGAUGGCCUUGCUGUGGCUUACGGAGUUGCUGUCAAUAAGCUUACUUUGCCCAUUCCAUCCACCUGCCCUGAGCCAUUUGCAAAACUAAUGAAAGAAUGCUGGGAGCAGGACCCUCAUAUCCGACCAUCGUUUGCCUUAAUUCUUGAACAGCUUACUGCCAUUGAAGGGGCAGUUAUGACGGAAAUGCCUCAAGAGUCUUUCCAUUCCAUGCAAGAUGACUGGAAAUUGGAAAUUCAGCAAAUAUUCAAUGAAUUGAGGACCAAGGAAAAAGAGCUUCGAUCACGAGAAGAGGAGUUGACAAGAGCAGCUCUUCAGCAAAAAUCUCAGGAAGAACUACUUAAGCGCCGUGAGCAGCAGUUAGCAGAACGUGAGAUCGAUGUACUGGAGCGUGAGCUGAAUAUCAUGAUAUUCCAGUUAAAUCAAGAGAAACCCAAUGUAAAGAAGAGGAAGGGCAAAUUUAAAAGAAGCCGGUUAAAACUUAAAGAUGGACACAGAAUCAGUUUGCCUUCAGAUUUCCAGCACAAAAUAACAGUGCAGGCAUCCCCCAAUCUGGAUAAGAGGAGAAGCUUAAACAGUAACAGCUCUAGUCCAUCAAGUAGCCCCACAAUAAUUCCUCGUCUUCGAGCUAUACAAUUAACCUCAGAUGAAAGCAACAGAACUUGGGGAAGGAGCACAACAUAUCACCAAGAAGAGUUUGAAGAUGUGAAGAGAAGUUUUAAAAAGCGAGGUUGUACGUGGGGACCAAGUUCAGUUCAAACAAAGGAUCGUGCAGAUUGUAAGGACAAAAUAAGACCCCUUUCAGAUGGCAGCAACCCUUGGUCAACCCUUUUAAUGAAAAAUCAGAAGGGUGUUCCCUUAGCUUCACUAUUUGUGGAUCAAGGUGUCUGUACUGAUAAGAAACUUCUCCCUGAAGGUUUGGACAGCAAAAGACCAAAGCCAAUUAAGUUGCCGAAUCAGGCCUAUAUUAAUCUACCUCUUUGGAAAGAUGAUCAGGGCGAGAAUACAGUGGAACACGAGAGCUUUGAAGAAGGAACCUCUGCUAGUUCUACAAAUAGCACUCCUCAAAUGACACCUACAAACAGUCUGAGCAGGACGCUGCAGAAAAAGAAGACUGAUUCGGUGCUGUAUGGGUGUGCAGUCCUCCUUGCGUCUGUUGCCCUGGGCUUAGACAUCAGAGAGCUGAACAAAUCGCAGGGCCCAGACGAACUCCUGCCUAAAGAGGAGAAGAAGAAGCGUGAUGGGAUAUUUCAGCGUGCUUCAAAGUUUCGCAGGAGUGCCAGCCCUACAAGACUGCAGUCCAAGAAAGAGGAAACAAGUAUUCCAUCCCUAAAUCCAGCUGCGAAUACUGUGAAUCUUCUGUCUAUGCCCUCCAUUUCCACUAAAUGCCUACUUCAGUCUGACAGUGAAGAUGCGUUUUUAAGCACUGUGCUUGGUGAUUGUGGUCCAUGUAGUUCUGCUGAUGACUUUUCAUCUGAAACUUCUGAAAGUAAGAGAAAACAGAGGAUACAACUGGCUCCUAACACAGUUUCUACACGAUUAAAAAGUCCGGCUUUUAAUCUUUGUCUGCAACAAGAAACUCAAAACGUGCCAAAUGAUUCCUCGACGAAGUUACGUGUGUUGGGUCACAGGCGAACCUUGUCAGAUGGGAACAAUUUUCAGACUACAGCGAAUGGAUUUGCUUCAACCAAUGAUGUCUCCACAUUACCAGUUGUACCAGUUACUGGAACUCUGCACUCUCCAUCUGUUCAACAAAGCAAUCACAGCGGUGUUUCGACCGAAAAGCAGAGCGCUGUCAAUAUUAUAUCAAGGCCUCGACCUUCUACUCUAAGAAGUAAAAUUGACGCAUGGCAGAUUAUUCCACGUAUUAUUAAACCAAACUCUAAAGACUCGGAAUAUUUAGAGGGCAAUGUAGAUCCAGAUGUUAACUUCUUGCCAGAUACUGAGGAAAGAACUAACUGCCACAUGCCCUCAUUACUUGAUAUUGAUGUGGAAGGUCAAAACAGAGACUGUACUGUGCCUUUGUGUAGAAUGAAGAGCAAAACUUGUCGGCCAUCUAUAUAUGAACUGGAGAGAGAGUUUCUGUCGUGA